UUCCACGAAACAACUUUUUCUUACAGUUCAAGCUCGGUGCUCUUCAGAGCGCGUUUCCUAGUUUAGGAUGCCAAACUGGACGUCGUUCGCGUGCUUGUUACUUGCGCUCCUUGUAGCCGGAUCUAACGCCGUCGAUGACAAGCAAACGAAAUGCAGCGAGCUAGGCUUCAUCAACCCGGCGUGCUCAGACUGCGAGUUGCUGUCGCAAUUUGUGAAAGAUGAGGAGCUGGUGCGAGACUGCAAGGGAUGCUGCGUACAGGACGAGGCGGUCAAGAAGUACACCAAGGCGGAGCUCAUCAUCGACCAGUGGCGUGCCAGCACGCUGCAGCAGAUCAAGGACUUUAUUGAUAAGCGGGCCGCGUCCUUCGCGCCCCACCUCAAGGUUGCGUACACGCACGGCGCGACGCCCAAGAUCCGGCUCAGCGGCGGUGUGGACGGCGCGCCCAGCGAGACAGUGCGCAUUGACAACUGGAAGGCGGACCACAUCGCCGAAUUCCUGGACCAGCGCCUGGAGCGCAGCGCGGCGGCGGCGGCGGCGGCCAAGGGCAGCAAGGACAAGGCAGGCAGCAAGAAGAACAUCAAGUAGGGGGCUAGGAGGCGAAAAAUGGCCGUGGGGUGUCCCUAAGUUUACGGCCUGCCAAAGGUUGACGGCGUCAUCAGGGCGGUGGGUGGGCGUCGUCGGCAAUGGCCGUCAGGCAGGACCUGUUUGCGGCAAUGGCUUGCAGUGGCGGUCGGGUUGGUAAGUGUGCUGCUCGCAGGCCGCGCAUAAACGUUCAGACUCCGGGGUCAUGCAGGCUUCGGGAUCGCGUGUUGCGUGCACGGGCUUGCCGUGGUGUGGAGGAUUUAAUAGUGUGGUAAGCUGCCGGCACCGAGAUGACUUAUUCUGUGUAACAAUUUAUACGG